AUGAACGUCAACGUCCCGUCGCGCACCAUGAUCCCUUUCGUCCCGCUCUCCGCGUCCCCUUCCGCAUCUCCCUCCGCAACAACCGCGCGCUCUUGCCCGCGCCCUCGCUAUAGAGAACCUUUGAGCUCGGCGAAUGUCGCGCGAGCCAGUGUAUUUGCGGGCCGCGUUAUCCAAUCCCAGAGCCUGCGCUUUCUUCCCGCCAGUGUGAGCUCUUCCGUAGCUCCGCCGUGUUGUGCGUAUUAUACGCAGGCUAACUCACCGAACGCGUACGCGCACCCACCGAUUAACAGUCACUCGGCAGCGUCACAUUCGCUACUGUCACCCUCGUCCGGCUCGUUGCUUCACGACCCCAGGAGCUUCUUUCCGUUUGUGUCACCUUCGCACUCGCGGAGGCACACGGGAGGGCCCCGGGCGGAGCGCGGGGGGGAACCGCGGGGAUGGGGGGAUGAUCGGCGGAGAGGCAGGGCGGAAGACCGGCGCGGAUGGGGAGAGAGUCGGAGUUCCGCGCGAGAGGGGGAACGCGCAUGGGGAGACGAUCCGCGGAGCCGCCAGGAGCCUUUUGAAAGUUCCCAAAGGCGCGGGAGCGCCGGCGGCGGCAGGCGAGCACCGCCGCCAUUUCGCGAGGAAGCGAGGCGUCCUGUAUCGGAGAUAGAUUUUGACGAGCGCGGCGUCGGGCGCGGCAGCCACUCGUUUUUUGCCACGUGUGCGCCGGGGCUAGAGGCGGUGGUGGCGGAGGAGCUCCAGUCGCGGCUGAUCGGCGCGUGGGACGUGGUUCCGGGAAAAGCGGGCGUAGCGUUUCAAGGCUCGACGGAAACAGCGUACAGGUUUCCCGUGGUGCAGGGUUUUUUCAAUAUUUUGCUCAACCUUUUCCCCCUCGCGCCUUUUUACCCCCUUUCUUCCCCCUCCCCACCUCCCCCCUUGCUCCCCUGCUCCCCUUCCCCCUUGUGUCCCUUCUCCCCCGCGCUCCUCUCCCCCGCGGCAUGCAUCGCGCGCAGGGCCAAUCUGUGGCUGCGCUGCGCGGUGCGCGUGCUGCACGAGGUGGCGGCGUGCGACCUGCGCGCGCGCUACGGCCGUGCGGACGGGGACUCGCUCUACCGCUUCGUGCGCGCCGCCGCGGAUUGGCCGAGCCUCAUCGCAGGCCCGGGGGAGAUCGGCGAGGUAGAGGCGAGGGGAGACGGGAGGGGAGCAGCAGGACGAGCAGCAGGGCGAGCAGUAGGGGGAGCAAACGUUGUCAGGCGCAAGCCAGUGACGUUUUCAGUGCAGAGCCGCGUUUGGGACUGCCCUGACCUCCGCACGUCUCAGCUAGCCUCCACGCGCGCUAAGGACGCCAUUUGCGACGCCAUGCGGGACGCUUAUAACGGGUACAAGCCCCCGGACCCGAGGGACUGGGCUGGGGGAGCGGGGGGAGCGGGGGGAGCGGGCGGAGGGGGCAGAGGGGGCGGAAGGGACGGCAGGGGCGGCGGAAGAGGGGGUUUCGCAGACCCUGUCGAGUCAAACGAGUCAAGGGAGUCAACAUCGGAGCUGCCACUGUUCCUUUCCUUAUACCAAGAGAGGGCAGUCUUAUAUCGGGACAUGAGUGGGCGCAGCCUGCACAAGCGGGGGUACCGGGAUGCGAUGCACAAGGCGAGCUUGAACGAAGGCGUGGCUGCUGGCGUGCUGAUGCUCGCCGGGUGGCAGCAGGUGGCGUGGAUCGGCGAUGGGGAGGGGGAACAGGGAGGGGAACGGGGGGGAGGGGAGAAGGGAGGGGAGAAGGGAGGGGAGAGGGGAGGAGGGAGGACAAGAGGAGGGGAGCGGGAAGAUGCGGUGGAGACGGGUAGAGAUUCAGGCGCUUCAGAUACACAGGGCUCGGUAUCAGUAGCACCACCACCAACAGCAUCACCAGUAGCACCAGUAUCACAGGCAGCAGAAGCAGCAGCACCAGCUGCUCCAUUAUCCAUCGCCCUGGUGGAUCCCAUGUGUGGCAGCGGCACUCUCCUCAUAGAAGCAGCCCUCAUGGCUUGCCGCAUUGCCCCCGGCUCCUUUCGCUCUGCCUCCCAACAUCCCUCGCCUUCCUCCUUCCCUUCCUCUUCUUCCUCCUACUCCUCCUCCUCCGCCGCCGCCUUCUCCUGGCCCUUCCACACGUGGCACGACUUUGACGCCGCCACGUGGCGCGCCGUGAUUCGCGAGGCGGAGUCGCUCCGACGCACGCCGCCCGCAGGAGUGUCGUUUCACGGCAACGACGUCCACGAGGGCGCGUUGGCGCUCUGCCAGCGCGACGCUGACAGGGCGGGCGUGGGCCGCUGGAUCAGGCUCAGUCAGGGGGACUGUGAGGAGUAUGCGCCAGCUGUCGCGCCCUCAUUGGUCGUCGUGAACCCGCCGUGGGGCACAAGGCUGGGGGAGACAAGUGGCGAGGAGGGCCAAUGGCUGGCUGACACGUGGCACCGCCUGGGUGUAUUCCUGCGCCGGCAGUGCCGGGGAGCAGAGGCGUUUGUGCUGAGCGGCAUCAUGGCGCUCUGCGUCUCGUGUCCCUCCGCGGACAUUCUCCGCCCAUGCGCCCGCCCGCAAGCGCAUGCCUCCGGCGCCGGCGCAUCCCGCUUGCGCCCCGCCUUCCGCGCGCCACCUGUCGCCGCGCUCCCCGCCUCUUCCGCCUUCCUGACGCGCGUUCCGGUGCGCAGCGGCAGGUUGACACGUGUCGGUUCCACGUCCAGCCACGUGUCCAAGCGCGCAAUAACUCCGCGCGCCACCGCAGAGGAAAGCGGGGGGAAGCCGCCGGGCGACGGCGAAACGUUCCUAGGAGUAUACGGGCCGUGGAAAAUAGAAGACUCGGACCGCACUGAGCCCCUUCCCCUCUCCCUUUCCAUUCCCUUCCCCCUCCCUUCUUCCCGCCAACACCCCCACCUCAACCCCCCGCAACCCCCUCAAUUGUUCCUAUGUCGAGGCAGGACCCCCCCUCCUCACCCUCGCCCUCUUCACUUCUCCCAAGCCUGUUUUCCCCUUGACUGCCUUCCUUACUUCCCCUUCCCCCUUCUCCCCUUCCCCCUUCCCCUUCCCCUUUUCCUUCCCCUUCGCCUUCCUCUUUCCCUUCCCCUUCCCCAACCCUCCCUCAGGGAGGGCGUGGGGGUGGUUGAGUAUGUGGUGGGGCAUGGUGGAGGGGUGUGGGCUGUGGGGCCGCUGUUUGCUGCUCUCACUGGCCUCGUGUUCAAGGAAGGGCUGUGCUACGGCAAGCUAGAGGCGGCGCUGCUUGUGUUUGUCAUCCCCACUCUACUGCUGGGCCACCUAAGUGGGCUCAUGGACGUGACAUUCGAGAAGGGUCUCCUCGCCGUGUGGAUGGCGCUCUUUGCGGUCUUCGCUGCUCGCAAGUUCACCCAACCCGUCAAGGAUGACAUUGGAGAUAUUCAUCUUCCAGGCCUUACCUGA